AUGGCAAAUGCUUUGUUCUCCUUCGAUCCAUUCGACUUCAACGGAAUCCAGAGUUGUUACAGUCGUAUUGAAGAUUAUGAGAAAGCAGAAUUGAUGAUCAAAGGAAAGCAAGACCAUUUGUUUUCAAUGGAAGAUUUGAGGCAGGUUUAUCCUAUAUGUUCUGAUUGUGGUGCUUAUCAGGAUAACACACAGAAUAAGGGGGUUAAUUUCUUUAAAAAUCAGCUGCAGAAGCCAAAACAACAACAAUCGCCACCCAAGUCAAAUUAUUUGCCAGUGGAUGAUUUCCUUGGUUCUUGCUUCCCAGAACCAGCACAACCAAUGCAGGAAAUCAGAAAGCUUGAGAAUAUUGUCAAACACGGUAAAGAAACGCAAUAUCCACCUGCUCUUUCAUCAUCUCUAGAACUCCUUAACAACUAUGGAAGUGGGAUUAAGAAGUUGAAUGUGAACCAACUCGGCAAUGAAACUUGCUCCGGCGGUCGAAAGAAAUUGUCAACUGAGGAGAUCAUAAGGGUGGCUGGAUCAAGGUUCAUACAAUUCUCUGAUCAAAGAUAUGAUGAUUUCUCCAUGCUCAUGCACCCUUUUGGUUAUGCACUCUCAGGCCUGUCCGAGGAAGAAACAAGGGAUGUAGAACUCACUCACCUUCUUCUAGCGACAGCAGAGAAGGUAGGCUACCAACAAUUUGAUCGUGCAAGCAGAUUGCUUAGCCGUUGUGAAUGGGUUGCAUCCGAGAGAUCCAAUCCCCUUCAGAGGGUUGUGUACCACUUCUCAGAAGCUCUUCGAAGGAGGGUUGAUGAGGCAAAAGGAAGAUUGACUCCGAUGGAAACGAAGGGAAAACCAAAAUGUGAAACUCCUCAUGGGUUAAGUACACAUAUAGCUCUCCUUAGCAUCCACCAGAAGGUUCCUUUUAAUCAGGUAAUGCAACUUACAGCGAUCCAAGCAAUAAUUGAAAAUGUUGGUUCAGCAAGAAAGAUCCAUUUGAUUGACCUCGAAAUCAGGAGUGGAGUUCAAUGGACAGCCUUGAUGCAAGCUCUUACAGAAUGCCGGCUUGACCGUCUUAAGAUAACUGCUGUUGGCUUGAGAGGCAUACAAAAGAUAGAGGAGACUGGCAAGAGGUUAGAAACCUUUGCCAAGUCCAUGAACUUCCCAUUCACAUUCAAGCCAAUACAGGUAUCGUGCAUGUCUGAAAUCAAGGAGGAACUAUUUGAAACUGCAGCUGAUGAAACCGUGGUCGUUGUCUCUAACAUGAUACUCAGGACAAUGCUCUCAAGGCCAGCUUGCUUGGAAAAUUUGAUGGGAGUGAUUAAAAAUCUUAAUCCUUCAAUAAUGAUCGUCAGCGAAGUUGAAGCCAAUCACAAUUCACCAAUAUUUGUGAACCGUUUCAUCGAAGCACUGUUCUUUUAUGGGGCGUAUUACGAUUGCCUUGAGACCUGCCUGGAGCAGAACCCUGAGCAUAGAAGGAAAACUGAAGCAAUCUUCUCUAAUGGGAUAGAAAAUAUUGUAGCUAUGGAGGGAAGUGACAGGAUUACUAGAAAUGUGAAAAUAGAUGUAUGGAGGGCAUUCUUUUCAAGAUUUAGCAUGGUGGAAGUAGGAUUUAGCGAGUCAUCUCUAUACCAAGCUAGCUUGAUUCCAAAGCAAUUUCCUUAUGGCAGUUCAUGUACUCUAGAAAAGAACGGCAAGGGCCUAAUUGUUGGGUGGAAAGGAACACCAAUGCAUUCCCUUUCAGCUUGGAAGUUUUCCAGAGAGAGACGAUGGAGGUCGUCUGUAAAUUAUAAAUUCUGA